AUGAGGCGACAGACUUUCCACCUCAAGAUAUUCGAGCGAUCAGGUCCCGAGGCCGUUAGUUAUGACCUUUCAAACGCCGACUGCAUGACCAUCACCCUGCCGGCUGCCUCCAGAUGGACCUCGCAGUUACAUUGGCACGAGACUCACACAGAGUUUCUCCAAGUUCUGCAAGGACGCGCAUUCGUCCGACUGGGCGAUCGAGCUGGAAUUCACGGACCCGAGGACGGUGUGAUUGAGGUGUCGAAAUAUACCGUCCAUGAGUGGCACCGUGCAGGAGACGGGGAUCGCAGCGACUUGAUUGUUCGGGAGUGGACAAUGCCCGGAGAUGGCCAGAAGGAGGUCUUCUUUCGCAACCUGAAUUCGUUCUUGACAGAACCUCAGCCCAGCUCUUUGUACGACAAACCCACAGUCAUCCCGACGUGGGGCGCGAGGUGGCUGGAAAGUUGGAUCAUUCCGCUACAGUUGUGCUGCAUUUUCCGUUCGUGGGACAAUUGGCCAGUUCUGAUCGGAGACGACAGCAGGCUCUUUAGUUGGACGGCUACGCAUUUGGUACUGGGGUUCUGCUCAUCAGUAGGGUUUGUGCUCGGACUGCGAGGGACGUAUGAUGAAUACGUCGAUAAGGCGCUGCUGCUAAGAGCCGGAACAGGGAGCGGUGGUAAGAAGACGCGGUAA